AUAAAGGCAGAAGAUAUAGAGGGAGAAGAAGAGACGUAUGUGACUGAUAUGAAGGCAGAAGAUACAGAGGGAGAUGAAGAGACGUAUGUGACUGAUAUAAAGGCAGAAGAUAUAGAGGGAGAAGAAGAGACGUAUGUGACUGAUAUAAAGGCAGAAGAUAUAGAGGGAGAAGAAGAGACGUAUGUGACUGAUAUGAAGGCAGAAGAUACAGAGGGAGAAGAAGAGACGUAUGUGACUGAUAUAAAGGCAGAAGAUAUAGAGGGAGAAGAAGAGACGUAUGUGACUGAUAUGAAGGAAGAAGAUACAGAGGGAGAAGAAGAGACGUAUGUGAGGGGUGAUCAGCAGUGUAAGGAGGAGGAGAUCCCUACAGAUAUCAGCACAGGAACUCCAGCUGUGGGGAACGGACACUUUAUUACACAUCACACGUUCUGUAUUCUCUCUGAUUCACCGAGGAUGGACAAGGACAGGAGUCACAGGACUGAGAGGAUAAUAAAUAUCACCCUGGAGAUCAUCUACCUGCUGACUGGGGAGGAUUACACAAUAGUGAAGAAGACAUCCAAUGGGUGUGAGACACCCAGCAGCCAUCCCCAUGUAUCAGGAGGACUGAGAAGAACCCAGAGCCCAAUCACGGUGCCUCCACCUCACUCACUGACACAUGAGAGACACAAUGACAAGAAGAUCCUGGAACUCGCCAACAAGAUCAUUCAGCUGCUGACUGGAGAGGAGGGGGAGUAUAUAGAGGAACACAGGGGUCUGUACAAGGACGUGAUGAUGGAGAAUCAUCGGCCUCUCACAUCACUGGAUGGGCCCAGUAACAGAGAUACCCCAGAGAGAUGUCCCCGUCCUCUGUAUUCCCAGGACUGUACAGAGGAGAAUCACAGGAUCACACAGGAGGAUCAGGUAGAACGUCUUUCUUGUAUAAAGGCAGAAGAUAUAAGGAGAGAAGAAGAGACAUAUGUGACUGAUAUAAAGGCAGAAGAUAUAGAGGAAGAAGAGACAUAUGUGACUGAUAUAAAGGCAAAAGAUAUAGAGGGAGAAGAAGAGAUGUAUGUGACUGAUAUAAAGGCAGGAGAUAUAGAGGGAGAAGAGGAGACAUAUGCGACUGAUAUGAAGGCAGAAGAUAUAGAGGGAGAAGAAGAGACGUAUGUGACUGAUAUAAAGGCAGAAGAUAUAGAGGGAGAAGAAGAGACGUAUAUGACUGAUAUGAAGGCAGAAGAUAUAGAGGAAGAAGAAGACACGUAUGUGACUGAUAUAAAGGAAGAAGAUAUAGAGGGAGAAGAAGAGAGGUAUGCGACUGAUAUGAUGACAGAAGAUACAGAGGGAGAAGAAGAAACGUAUGUGAGGGGUGAUCAGAAGUGUAAGGAGGAGGAGAUCCCUACAGAUAUCAGCACAGGAGAUGGACACACAAGCAGGAAUAUCUCAGAAGGACAUCUAAUGUUAUCCCCGGAUUGUGACAUAAAAGAUAAUGACAGUAGACAGGAUUCUCCAGGAGAUAACCCCAUUACCCCAAUUAUACAUCCAGCUCUAUCAGCUGAUCCCUCUGAUCCUGGGAAAUGUUCUCCUGAUCACUCUGAUAUUGGUGCAUCUGUUACAGCUCUGAGAGUAGAUUCAGUGUUUCCUUGUUCUAUAGAUGCACCAUGUUUUACACAGAACACAAACCGUAUUACUCAUCAGCCAGCUAAGGCAGGUGAGAGGCCAUUUCCAUGUUCUGAGUGUGGGAAAUGUUUUACAUAUAAAUCAGAUCUUGUUAGACAUCAGAGAAGUCACACAGGUGAGAAGCCGUAUUCCUGUUCUGAGUGUGGGAAAUGUUUCGCAUAUAAAUCAGCUUUUGUUACACAUCAGAGAAGUCACACAGGUGAGAAGCCGUAUUCCUGUUCUGAGUGUAGGAAAUGUUUUGCAACAGAAUCAUUUCUUGCUACACAUCAGAGAAGUCACACAGGUGAGAAGCCGUAUUCCUGUUCUGAGUGUGGGAAAUGUUUCGCAUAUAAAUCAGAUCUUGUUACACAUCAGAGAAGUCACACAGGUGAGAAGCCGUAUUCCUGUUCUGAGUGUGGGAAAUGUUUUGCACAGACAUCAGCUCUUGUUACACAUCAGAGAAGUCACACAGGUGAGAAGCCAUAUUCCUGUUCUGAGUGUGGGAAAUGUUUUUCAUCGAAAUCACAUCUUGUUAGUCAUCAGAGAAGUCACACAGGGGAGAAGCCAUAUUCCUGUUCUGAGUGUGGGAAAUGUUUUGCAUAUAAAUCAGAUCUUGUUACACAUCAGAGAAGUCACACAGGUGAGAAGCCGUAUUCCUGUUCUGAGUGUGGGAAAUGUUUUGCACAGACAUCAGCUCUUGUUACACAUCAGAGAAGUCACACAGGUGAGAAGCCAUAUUCCUGUUCUGAGUGUGGGAAAUGUUUUUCAUCGAAAUCACAUCUUGUUAGUCAUCAGAGAAGUCACACAGGGGAGAAGCCAUAUUCCUGUUCUGAGUGUGGGAAAUGUUUUGCACGGAAACCAGCUCUUGUUAUACAUCAGAGAAGUCACACAGGUGAGAAGCCGUAUUCCUGUUCUGAGUGUGGGAAAUGUUAUUCAUCGAAACCAGAUCUUGUUAUACAUCAGAGAAGUCACACAGGUGAGAAGCCAUAUUCCUGUUCUGAGUGUGGGAAAUGUUUUGCAUGGAAAUCACAUCUUGUUAGACAUCAGAGGAGUCACACAGGUGAGAAGCCGUUUUCUUGUUCUGAGUGUGGGAAAUGUUUUGCACGAAAUCAGUUCUUGUCAAACAUCAGCGAUUUCACAGAUGAGAAGCCAUUUUCAUGCUGUGAGAGAAAUAAAUCUGCUCUUGUUGAACAUAUUAGACAUUACCCAAGUACGGAACCAUUUACAUCUUCUGGAGUAUAAUUAUCACUGCCGUCCAAUGUUCCUCAAGGGUGAAUCCGAUCUCUUAUGCUUUAUAAAAUAUACAUGCUACCACUGGGUAAUAUAAUCAGACGUCAUGGCCUGGUCUACCGCAGCUAUGCAGAUGACCUGCUUUUUGCACCAUGUACUGAGAACCUAAUACCAAUCCUAAAUGGUUGUCUAGCUGAGCUCCAGGGGUGGAUGAUGCCAGUUGGCUGUGACUCAGUCUUUGUGAAACAUAAUAGAAGCUCCCGAACAAAGGACAAGACUACAGCUUUACCAACCAUCUGGAUUUAUGCUUUGGUGUUCAGAAUUGCAAAAUACUAAACAUGUGCUGAAUCUUUGUGUUGUCCUGGUAUGUGGCUGACACAGACAUCAGGUAUCUGCCACAUACUAAUCCUCAUUCUUCCAUCUGUGGACCAUAGCCAGAAUCAAGCACUUGAUUCCCUCAGAAGUUCAUAGACUACUGCAAUGCCAUCUACCUGGGUCACCCAGCAAAAGAAUUACAGAGCUUGCAGCUAGUACAGAAUGCAGCAGCCCAGCUGUUACCUAACCAGCCCGUUCCUGCCUCCUAACACCCAUUCUCUACUCCCUUCACCGGCUGCCUGUAAGAUGACAAAUCUAUUUCAUAAUUGGCUAACUGACCUUCCCAGCCCAACAUUACAUGGUCCAAGGAACUAGAAGCAGCUUCUGCCUCCUUACUGCCCUGCUUGCUUGCUUGCUUCUACAGAUGGACUGUUACCAGCAGUACCAAGAAUCUCCUGUCAUUCAUUUAUGGGUUGAACGUUUAGCUUUGACCAUGGAACUCACUGCCUUGCACAGUCCAAGAGGCCUCCACUCUAGAGACCUUCACAAACAGACUGAUGACUGUUACUCACACUUUUCAUUAAUGUACCUCUAUUUACUUCCUAAAUAAUACAUCCCAAAUGCUUAGGUCUUUUUUCUGCUGUUUAUUUUGUAUCUUGUGCUUUGUGUAAAUGUGAAUGUCUAAUACCAGUUUCCACAAUCUGUAUUGCUGCACGACAAUAUGGCGGCCAUUGGAACGUGUUUUCACUUCUUCUAGUUUGCCUAACUUGUUGCAGACACUCAUCUUGAUCAGGAGUGUCGAGUGUUUUCUUAUACAAGAUCCUAUCCAUAUAUACCCUGUACAUUAUCAUGUGCAUUAGAGUCACCCGGGUUCCAUCUGCGGUGGUUUGUUGUAUGUUACAUCUAUAUGGUGCGGAUACUCCCCUGUAUUUCAUAAUAAAAGCUUUUGUUUGCAUCUAA